CCCAUGCAAAGCUCCACUUCCUUAGAGUGAGUGUCGUCGGGCGGGGAGAAGGAGGAGAAAGGGGAGGAAGAGAAAUUGAAGAGCGGGAGGGAAGAGCCGGCGGUAGAAGGGGAGCGGAGAAUAACGCCCGUGUGCCCGGGGAGCCGAAGCAGCCGGGACCGGUUCGUGAGCAGAGUGGCGGCGAGAGACAGGAUCCCGGGACCGGCUUCCGCGCCGCUCCGAUCUGGCCGGGCUCGGCCGGGGCAGCGUGAGGGCACGGAGCGGGCUCCGGCCGGCUGCAGCUCCGCCAUGGCAGCUAAUAUGUACCGGGUCGGAGACUGUGUCUUCUUUGAAAACUCUUCAAGCAAUCCUUUCUUGAUAAGGAGAAUUGAGGAACUGAACAAGACUGUUAAUGGCAAUGUGGAAGCAAAGUGUGUGUGUUUCUACCGGAGACGAGACAUUUCGAGCAGUCUGAUUGCACUUGCCGACAAACAUGCAAAGGAAGUAGAAGAGGAGAUGGAAAAUGGAGAGCUGCAGGAACUUUCUGAGAACGAGCGGCACCAGCUGAAACACCGCGAGCUCUUCCUGUCACGGCAGCUGGAGUCCCUACCAGCAACCCACAUCAGGGGAAAGUGCAGCGUUACGUUGUUAAAUGAAACAGAGUUGCUUUUGUCCUAUCUGGAACGUGAGGAUGCAUUUUUUUAUUCACUGGUCUACGAUCCACAACUGAAGACUCUUUUGGCAGAUAAGGGAGAGAUUCGUAUCGGCCCCCAGUACCAAGCAGACAUUACAGACCUCCUGAAAGAAGGAGAGGAGGAUGGAAGAGAUCAAGCUGAAAUGGAAGCCAAGGUCUGGGAUGGGGACACUCCACUGACAGACAAGCAGAUUGACCAGUUCCUAGUUGUUGCUCGCUCUGUCGGAACGUUUGCCCGUGCUUUGGACUGCAGUAGUUCGGUGAGACAGCCCAGCUUGCACAUGAGUGCGGCAGCUGCAUCCAGGGAUAUCACCCAGUUUCAUGCCAUGGAAACCCUGUACAAAAGUACCUAUGAGGUCUCGCAGGCCAUCUCUGCGCUGGUCCCUCAGGGUGGCCCAGUGCUUUGUCGGGAUGAAAUGGAGGAGUGGUCUGCUUCAGAGGCCAGCCUGUUUGAAGAAGCACUGGAGAAGUAUGGAAAAGACUUUGAAGACAUUCAGCAGGACUUUUUACCCUGGAAGUCAUUAACGAGCAUUGUCGAGUAUUACUAUAUGUGGAAGACCACGGACCGAUAUGUCCAGCAGAAACGGCUGAAAGCGGCUGAAGCAGAGAGUAAACUGAAGCAAGUCUACAUCCCCAACUAUAAUAAGCCAAACCCAAACCAGAUCAAUGGGACGAAUGCAAAGGCGGGAGCGAUGAAUGGAGGCGGUGUGCUGGCGCCAAAUGGGACAGUAGCAGUGCUGGGACCUGGGCGAGCAUGCGAGAGCUGCUUCACCACACAGUCACACCAGUGGUAUUCCUGGGGACCCCCCAACAUGCAGUGCCGUCUCUGCGUAGCCUGCUGGAGCUAUUGGAAAAAGUACGGUGGACUGAAAACACCCACCCGACUGGACGGAGAAAGGCCGGGACCCCACCGGAAUAAUCUGAGUGCCCACGGCACGCCGAUGAGGAAUAGCACCAGGCCCAAGUUUGCUGUGAAGACACGACAGGCUUUUUACCUGUGCACGACCAAGCUGACAAGAAUAGCCCGGCGCUUGUGUCAAGACAUUCUGCAACAGGCAGCCCGGCAUCCGUAUGUGCCAAUUAACAGUGCCGCCAUCAAGGCAGAGUGUACGUUGCGAUUACCAGAAGCAGAAAAUCGAGCCACAGGGCUGAAGCGUGCUGUUAGAAAACCCUUGGAAACAAUUGUGCAAUACUUAGAAGCUCAUCCAUGCCCGAAACAGGAGCGUGCUCAGGCUAGUCUGCACAUCAGCAACGUGACGCCUGCCAAGAUGAUGCCCAUCUUAAACCACAGCUCUCCCACUAUUCUGGGCAAGCGUAGCUACGAGCUGCACAAUGAUACCAAUGGGAAUAUGAAGAAACGCUUCCUGAUGCCUUAUAAGGGUAUGAUGAACCACACACAAGGGAGACAGAUGAUAAGCGCUCGAAAUGGCAAGCCACCAAGGACUGCAGACGAAGUGCUGGUGCAUAGGGAAGAUCCGCAAGUUACUUACUUCUUUUGAAUGGAGGCAGAGUGGGAGACGGCCCCAAGCACAGAUCUUCAUUGAGCAGCAUGCCCUGGACCAUGCAAGAGGCCCAAAGUCUACCAUCACCAAUGAGCCCAUUGUCAUUGAAGAUUAAUGUCACCUCCCUAUACUUCAUAUUGACCACGAUGCUUUUAUCCAGUGGAAGAGGAACAUUAUUUGUUUAUUUCUAUAUUUAAAAAAGUAUUUCAAAUGGCCUUCACCUUUACAACGUGAAUUUGGAUUGGCCGACAGAGGCCAAAUGAUGUUUGUUAGUAAUCCACCCUCCCCUUUGUUUACUGUGCUGACCACUGGACCUCAGUAGGAGAAGAAAUCGUUUCAUUUAUAAGAAAGACUUUCACAACUACGGGACAUCCUGUGGGUCAGUGAGGUGAAGAAGUAAUUUUUGAGGUCAUAUCACUUACAAUGUAGGGGAACGAAGUGGCCAAAUUAUGCCAGCAAGAUUCCACAGUCAUCUUUGAAAUAAACAACGAUUAUUUCACCUGCUUCUUUUUAAAUAUUGGGUAUAGAGGUAAAUAAAGAUGAAGAAACUCACUGUGAAAGCAAUUUAAGUUUAAAGAGAGAGGAGUAGAAUUGAUUCUCAGCUGUGACCAGUAAAGGUGAGGACUUGGGUCCAGGUGGAGCAGCCCUAUCUCUGGAGUGCUCUCCACACUAUAGUUAAAUGACUCUGACACAGUUUUGCAGUCUUUGGAUAUCAGACUCUGAAUCUUGCCUGCACUAUCCUAAGUUUCUGAGAAUGAGUACCUACCCUCACAGUUUUGGGGCAUUGUUUACAGCCAGUUACUUCCCCAUUUCCUUCCUUCCCGUAUCAGCCCAGGAGGAAAUUGCAGCUGAGAUCCAAUGAAGGGUCCUCCAGAAAUAUUAACUUGAUUUCUCUUUCCCCAUACAGCCGCUGUUGCUGUUUAGUUCCUAGAUAAGCAGUGCGGAUCGCUAAUUCUUCAAAAGGAUAGGUCCUAUUUCCUUUUUGCCUACUAGGCAGCAGACUGAGCAGUGAAUAGCGCAGUUGCCUCACACCUUGAGUGACUUGUCAGUGUCAAGUUGGCAUAUUCUUCCUGUGACCCCAGGUGCCCUUAUUUUCUUCCCCAUCCCAAAGAUACAUGGAUUGGGAGGUUAAUUAACCGCUCUUAAGUUGCCCCUAAUGCAUUGGUGAAUGGUAAAAUCUGGGGGUAGUUAAUGUGAAUGCAGAGAGAAUAAAAUAGAAUUGGUGUAAAUGAGUGCUUAAUAGUUGGUGCUGAUUCAGUGUGUUGAAGGGUCCAUUUCUGCUUUGUAUGACUCUGUUUUUCUGUCCUCUUCUCUGGAAGGUGCAAACUUUCAAGAAGGAUCUUUUUCAGGGGUCAAAUGAUUGCAUGUGUCUUAUGUAAAUGGCCCAAUGAACACAGAGUGUUGGGGAGCCAUCGGAAACCUGAACUCACACCUUCACUUGCCAUACAAACACGUGCACUUUCUGACUGAAAACCGAUGGAGGGCUGGGACCUUGGCUGGUUAUUGUCUAGAUUCCAGUCCAGGGCAUGGAAGAUGUCAGAAAUACUCUGAGGAGAUUUAGGCAAUUCAGAAAUAUAACCUCCCCACCUCUCACCAAAAAAAAUACUAUUGGUCUGGAGUCAAAGUUUGAUAGGGAGGGGAUGAGAAAUGAAACAAUAAAAUUGUACCUGUUGUCCACCUUGUUCAGUGUCUGUACUCUACAGAUUAGAUGUCCUCAGAUUAACGCUAGUAAACCUUCAAUCUAAAAUUGAAACUAGCAAGGAAGAUGGAAUAGAGUUGUAUAGCAUAGAAGCGGAUUGUUUGACCCACCAAAUCUAUGCCAGCCCAUUGUGCCAAUCUAUGCUGAUUCCACUGGCCUGCAUUAAUUCCAUAUCCCACCAUUCCCAAACUGGAGUCCAUGGACCCCUCAGUUAAUGAUAGGGGUAUGUAGCAUAAAAACCGUUGGGAACCCCUGCUCUACGUGCUGAUCAUUUUGAGAACCUGUCACAAUCCCUCUUAAAUUUUGUUACUGUUCCUGCCUCGACCACUUUCUCCGGAAGCUCCACAACCUGUGCACGCCAUAAUGCUGUAUGUUAUCUCCAUGCCCUGUCUGACCAGCUCCCUGGACUUUCACUGCAGUAUGGAUGCUCUCUGUAUCAGACUGCUUCUGAAUUUCUUCCAUUCCUUGUGGUCUGGCCUGCAUCUUACCAUUUUAGCUCUGCCUCCUUUCUAGCCAUUCUCUGAAUCCGAGUGCCUUGGAGCCCCAAAGGAGGCCAUUUGGCCCAUUAUACUUCUGCCAGAUUUUUGUAUUUUGCUCUUUCCUCACAGCCUUCCAGACAUACAUUGUUCAACAAAUCAGCCAUUCCAAUUUUGGAAUUUAUAACUAAAUUUGGCACCCUAUCCAAGGAGUAUGGGUUACAAGCACCAUAAAACUCCCUUUUGCUUCUUUUGCUAAUUGACUGAAACCAUUGACCUACCUGUGGACCUACUGAAGGUAAAUGGGAUGAGUAUCAGUACAGUGGGUGGUAUGGAGAUGGUGGAUUGGAGAGUCUGCCUCUCUACCUUCCAGUGGAUAGUUUCUCCUUUUUCACUCGCAUCUGCCUCUUCCUUAAUCUUUUUCAGUUUGCUUUGACUGAUGCCUGCUGGAUUAGACUCUAGUUGUUCUGCGUAACUUCUGGCAUGUGCCUGCAAAAUCUGAAUGGUGGACUGGAGCCAGUCAGGAGGUGGGAGUUGAUGAGUUCAAUUCCCUCUUUCUUCUAUGCUGUUGCUGUCUAACAUCAGCACCCUGUUUGCUGAAGGACCCCAAUAAUUUUCAUCUCAAUUACCUCUCCAACUGUCCAAGAAGAAAAUUAACUGGAACAAACAGCCUCAGCCCUAGGUCACGAUGUCCCAUGACCAGCUAACUGUCUUUACCCUUUGACGGUGGUGUUCUAAAAUAAAAGGUCCCAUUUAAAAUGGUUUUUAAAGAGGAUAUUAGUUUGAACUGAAAAUGAAGGCCAAGUCAUUUCCUGUUUAUGAAUAAAGAUGAUGAU